CUCUCUCUCUCUCUCUCUCUCUCUCUCUCUCUCUCUCUCUCUCUCUCUCUCUCUCUCUCUCCAUUACAUUUUGGUGAUUUUGAUAGAGAAGGAAGGUAAAUUGAUACUAAUUUCAUGUCGAUAUGGUAAUUUAUUUUACUAUACCGAAACGCAGGCCCACACUCUUAACCGCAUUUCAACACUCUUCGCAGGCUACAUAUGAUAAACCAUCAACGCUAUUAAACUUUCAUUACAGUGAUAUAUUUUACAAUACCAACCCGCAGGUCCCCACUCCAAAUAGGUUAUAUGAUAAAACCAUCAACAGUAUCAAACCUUCAUUACAAUCAGCGGAACAUACCGGACCUGAUUAAUCAGCUGAUUCUUAAACCGGUUCAUAUUUCAGAGCAAAAUUAAUCCGUAGUAUGAUUCAAUAUUUCAAUAUAUUCUAUAAAAGCAUGCCGUUCCAUAAAAAUUGAAAAUGUACGCACUAUAUAAUAUGAUUUAUCUAUUCCAAAUUAGAACCCUCUUGGGCAAACAUCAUACAUGAUUUUUUAUAAUAUAUAUGACAAAGUUUCAUAGGUAAUUUUACAACACUAUGUUUAUAAUCAUGAUAAUAAAAAGAAGAGAGAACACACCAAAACAAAAAACAAAAAACCCAACAACACCAAAACAAAAAAACAAAACAAAACAAAAAACAAAACAAAAACAAAAACAAACAAACAAAACAAAACAACAACAAACAAAUAUUCAGAAUAUAUGAAAUAUCACCAAUAAGUAAAACUAUAUAGAUUAAAUUGUUGAUUUAUAACAUCACUCGCGCCCAUGAAGGGAAACAAAAUUUUAUAUAUUGUACCUAUUUUUCAAUCCCUAGUAUCGUUUUUCAUUUUUAUGAAACAAAUGUUUACUAUACAAUCUGAUAUAGCCAGUAACAGAACUCGGCGAUUAAAAUAAGAUCCAUACACACGUGUAAAAUAAAUAUCAAUUUACUCUAGUAAUUCACGUUCUGGUCCCCGGGGCAUAGUGUGGGAAUGACUAACUUUAGGAAAGUUAUUAGUUGCAUUUGUAAUUACAAUUUUAAAAAAAGUAAUUUGUAAUUACGCAUUUGUAAUGUCAAGUCAUUUUAAAGAUUUCCAACCAUCAUUUAGUGUGACUCGUUGAAAAUAGUCAAUAAAUCAAGCUAACGAUAGCGAAAGGGAACGCACAGAUGAUUUAAAAAAAAAAAAAUUCGCAAUAUAAAGUUUGAUAUACAUGUAGAGCAAAGUUUACUUGAUCAUGAUAUAUCAUCAACGCAAAUUGAGGAGAACAAAAAAAAACACAAAAAAAACCAACAAAAAAACCCUUCAUUACUAUCUCGAGACAGGGACCUGCAUUAAUCACACUGUCAACAAAUUGUGAAACUCCGACACUUGAAAUAUUCUUCUCUUUUUCACGAUUUUAUGAUUCGCCACACUUGAUGUGAAGCGGGGUUGCAAUGUGAUAACUAACUGUUAAAUGUUGCGUUGGCGGAGAAAAUGUCUCUUUACAACAGAAAUUCGUCAUCACGGUUCAUGCGUACCGGCUGAUCCGGAUGCAUUGCAGGGUCACGUCGCACGUACAUAUAUUGAAAUCACCGUCUGUGAGGGAUCUUGCAUCUUUUACUUUUUACGUAUGUGCGAGACUAUAAUGGAUUAACUCUGGAUUAUAUAAUGGAUUAAUUCUAGAUUAUAUAAUGGAUUAAUUCUGAUUGGAUAAAGAACGGUCAGAUUCCGGAUUUGUUAGGUCUGUCAGUGCAGUUUUAGAAAACAUGGCUUCCGAGUUGACGUCGUCAAGUGACUGUGGGCAAGACAUCAACAUGUGUAGCACCAUCGACAGCAGCUGUCUGCAGGGUUCAGUCGUAGACUCCAUGGAUUUCAUGCAAAACAGGCCAGCGAUGAGCUCAUUCCCGCACGAGGACUCAAGCUCGAGCAGUAACGAUGCAGCAGCUUCUAAGAAAUUUAAACGCAGCAAGGAAGAUAAGGUCUGCUUGGUGUGUGGUGAUAAGGCGCUAGGUUACAACUUCAACGCCAUCACAUGUGAAUCCUGCAAGGCUUUCUUUAGAAGAAAUGCACUAAAAUCAGAUCAACCAAAAUGCUUGUUUCAAAAUGACUGCCUGAUUGAUGUGCGCACGCGGCGGUUCUGCCCUCACUGCCGCCUACAAAGAUGCCUGGAUGUCGGAAUGAAGAAGGAAAUGAUACUGGAUGAGACAGAAAGAAAGGCAAGAAUGCAGAAGGUAGCCAUGAAUAGACAGAUGAAACAAAAACAUCCACAGGUUGAUGAUAUCAUGGUCAAACAUGAGCCAGCCAGCAUUGAAAGUGAGGCCACCAGCUCCAUGCCCGAUACACAGAACAGCGGGGAUGACAAAAAUUCCAUGGGAUUUCCCAGCAUUGCCUUCGGGAGUUCCCAGCCAAUGAGUUUACCAGCUAUGUCCCCAGAUUCUUUGCCCAAGGAUCUGAGAAUGUACCGAGUACUGAAUGAAGAAGAAAAGACUAUGGUGGAUGAAUUGACUGUGACAUAUUUAGAGACUCUGGGAGGGUUUGCAAAUGAAACUCACGUUAACAAGGAAGAAAGUUACUCCAAUGCUGAGGAAUUAAUCAACAAUUCCGAAAUUGCAGUGCGCAGACUUAUCAAAUUUGUGAAAAAAAUUGCUCAAUUCCGUGGCAUGAGUCAGGAAAAUCAGGUGGCAUGUCUGAAAUCCUGCGUCCUAAACGCCUUGUUGCUACGAUCGGUCAACUUUUAUGAUGUGGAGAACGACGCCUGGAAAACACCAACAGGAAGCAUUCCGACCAGCGUGUUAAAAUGUGCCACAGGUUUUAAUGAUCUCCAUGAUGCUCACACAUCAUACUGUGCGGGGCUGAAAAAACUGACAAGGGAUGACAGUAGAAUCAUGGCUCUAAUUCAGACAAUCACCGUGUUUAAUCCGGACGGACAGAACCUCGAAAACAGACAAGUCAUAUCGGACUUACAGGAUCAGUUUAUUCUGCUUCUGCGACACUAUCUGGAGUCACAAGUCUCCUUUCUGCACUCUCAGAUUUUUUUCUCGAGUAUUUUGCAGAAGAUAUCGGAACUGAAAGGUCUCGGAGAAGAUCAUGCCCGCAUUCUGUUACAGAUCAACUCCAACAAAAUCGAACCGCUUAUGUUAGAAAUUUUGAAUCUACAGUGACAAUAUUGAGAAGAGGAUUGGAUUUCUGUCCAUAAGAAGAGUGCUUGAAAUCGAUCAGGAAACAUUCCCAUUUAAGUGAAGAAAUGGCAGCUUUUGAGUUUUACAUUAAGAAAUUGAUGUAUUUAGAUUUUUUUAUAUUCAAAUAUUAUUUGCAUUGUUGUACUCUGUCAUUCACUUCAAAUGACAUUAAUUUUGUCAUGUUUUAUAGGAACUAUUUAUAAAAGUUGAAACAACACAUAUAUUUCAAAUUUUUCGCUUAAGGACCCCCUAUAAGCUUAUUAAGAAAAUUUAUUUGACAACCAGAAUAACGCUCUCUCAAAGAAAUCAACCACAGCUUUUUCAUAAUAGGGUGUGGGGCUUCUUAAUUCCCUAAAUACCACAUUACUAAGUGAAAAUAAUGUUUCAAUAAAUUAGAAAAUUAUACAACUAAAACAGCGAAAUUUAUUUCGUAAUGUUGUACCUCAUAAAGCCAUUAGAAUAGCAAAUAACACAAUAGCAAACUUUGAAAAUCAUUUAGUAAGUAUUAUUAAAGGGCAGAUCACUCUAAGUGCAGAAAUUUUCCAGGUUGAUUUGAGAGAAAGUAAUUCUGUGACAGCAUUCCCUUUUUUUUCAUUCGACAAGAAUAAAUGUCUACCAAUAUAAAACUGUAUUAAUAUUUAGUAAAGGUAUCAAUGAAGCACAACUGUAUGUUUGUCUUGAUCAGAUUGAAAUGAAACUCACCCAUGUGCUAUAUUUAAAGGUUUCUUAGGCAGGUACACAUUAGUGCUAUCCAAAGUUUGUUUUGAGUUUUAACAUCCAAACAGAACUUUCUUUUAGCUAUUGAAUACAGUGGCUGCUUUACUGCAUUAGGAAGUGUAUAUAUGUAAUAUACUUAUCAUGUGCAUAAUAUUAAUAUAAAAAUGAUUUGGCUUUAUGAUUUUUUAAGGAGAGACAGAGAGUGUGUGUGAAGAUUUUUAUGUAGCACAGUUUAUUAUUUACUCAGUCUUUAUGGAGACAUACACUAUUACUACAUAUAUUUCACAUUUCUAAAAUGUGUGCUGGUGUGCUGUGCUAAUUUCUUGAUGUAAAUCAAAUGCACAUGUAAUUUUUAUAUAUUCAAUGUGCACCAUUAACUGAAUGUUAUAAAAGUGAUUGAUACCA